AUGGGAAGGAAGACAAAGCUCCCAUCUCGAACAAAGAAAAUGAACCUCACAAGACUAUUUAAGCUUUUAGAAAAUUCAAAUCCAACGAACCCAGCUAACCCAGUCCUGCCACCCCUUGAUAAAAGCCGAAGCCCAAGCCCAAAUAAAAACCUCCAUAAGGCUAGGCUUUUCAAUUCAACAGAGGAACUCCAUAAGGCUAGGCUUCAUAAUUCAACAGAGCAACUAGCGCUCCCGAAUGGAACCGCGGGAAAAUCAAGAGAAAACCCGAUCCCUAAGCAAGAAACUACUCCUAAAACAACAUACUCUCACAGAAAUCUAAUUCUAAACAAACAAAAACUCAUCAUUCUACCUGUAUACAUGCACAAAGAUCUCCUUUCUCCAGCACAACAGAGAAUUUAUAUUCUCAAGAAAACUGAAUUAGCCGUUAGAGGGUUCAUCCCAGCAGAAAACAUCAUUAAUGUUAAAUUUCUGCCAUCAGACAAGGACCUAAACAGAGUUGUGGUAACAUUCAGAGACUGGCACACAACCAAACUAGUUUCAGACAAUAAGGACAAGCUACAAAGGGUUGGAUUGCAGGUGACUCGCCUAUUCGAAGUGUCCGGUACUCCCACUCCUCUCAUCGAAACAAUCAAGACUGAUAAGAUAAAAACAAAGCCGACAAUGUCUAUGACGGACGAGAACUGUAAGAUGCUUCCAACUAGACGCAGACAAAGCCCCAACCCACCUGGCUAA